GAGAGUGAGAGGUUGAAGAAGGAAGGGUUUCUAAAAAAAAAGAGAAAGAGAGAUGGUGAGAAACAGUGGUUAUGGUCAGAUUAUGGAAGAAGGUGACAGUCCUGGAUUUUUCAAGAUUCUUAGAAAAGAAGACUUAUCAUCUGAACUCAUAAGAAUGAUUCCUCAUGACUUCGUAAAAAGCAUAUCGGAUGCAUCCUUUAAGAUGGCCUUAAAAGUGCCAUGGGGAAGCGCAUGGACAGUCAAAAUCUGCAAGAACCCAAGUUUUUACUACAUGGAAGAUGAUGGAUGGAACCAGUUUGUGAACGACAACGCUUUGGGUGAAAAUGAGUAUCUUACCUUCACUCACGAGGCUAAUAUGCGCUUUAACGUUAACAUCUAUGAACCAGAUGGUAAGGAGAUGCUUAGACCAAGAGAGUCUGCAACAUUUCCUUCUAGUUCCGGUAUGAACAAGAGAGAACAAAGGGAAGGAGUAUACAAACAUGUGAAGGAGGAGAUAGUGUCUUCCUCUGAGUCUAGCCAUCAGUAUCUCAGAAAAGCUCAAGGGAAGAAACAGGUGGUUAACUUGGGAAAGAAGAAAGCUGAAGAAUCCAAAAAACCCAAGAAGAGUAUGAAGAAGAAGAAGAAGAAAGUGGAUAGUGAUUCAGAACUUGUUCCAGAGUUCAGUAUCACCAUAAGGAAAUCACACCUCGCGUUCUUGGGAGUCCCAAAGGCGUUUGUGGAAAUGCAUAUGCCAAAGAAGACAAAGUGGUUCAAGAUUCGUCCGGAAGGGAAAGAAUCAUGGGAGGUUUUGUUUUUGGUCACUGCCGUUCAGUCAAGAUUCUCUGCUGGAUGGUGUCGUUUGGCCAGAGAGUUAAGUUUAGUGGUUGGAGACGUCUGCAUAUUCAAGCUCAUUAAACCUACCGAGAUGGUUGUCAAAGUGUCAAGGCAUGAUGAUGAAGAUGAUAUUGAGGAAGACGAUGAUGAGGAGGAGGAGGAGGAAGAUGAUGAUGAUGAAGAUGCUGAUGAUGAUGAGGAUGAUGAUGAUGGUGGUGCUAGUGAUGAUGAAAGUGAGGAUUAGUUGAAGAACUAGUGAGAGAACUUGUGUUUGGAGCGACAUGAUGGUGUUGUGGUUUAAUGUUAGGACUAGUUUUAAAACUGUUUUCUUUCAAGGUACUCUGUUUAGACUCUGAUUUGGUAUCUUACCUCAAUUUGAGUAAACAUCACAACCUCUCUCUCUAUGGUCUCUUCUAGUUCUUGAUUGACAAAGAAAACUAGUUUACAA